AUCAGCAUGGAGCAAAAGCAUCUCAUCUUCCUUGUUAUAUUUGGUGUCCUUUUGCCACUUUCGGCACACGCAGCCGUCUUCGAUAUCCGCAAGUAUGAAAUCCAGAAGGGAGACAUAACCAUUGCUCUGCUACAAGCGUGGAUGAUUGCGAUCAAUGAAACGACGCCGGCAAAGAUAUUGAUACCUAAGGGUGAAUGGACGCUGAAGCAGGCUUAUCUUCCGGGACCCAGCAAGGCCCCCCUGGAACUUCAGGUGGAGGGCACUGUGAAAGCCCUAGCCGACCCUUACCAAAUCCCCAACAAGGAGAGAGAAUGGGUGACCAUCAACUACAUCAGCGGCUUUACCCUCUCUGGCGGUGGCACCUUCGACGGCAAUGCCAAGCUCGCCUGGACCAAGAACGACUGUCACAAGAACAAGAACUGCAUGAAGCUCCCCAUCAACCUCAGCUUCAACUUCAUCAACAACUCCCUCAUUAAAGACAUCACCACCAAAGAUAGCAAGAACUUCCAUGUCAACCUCAUCUCCAGCAGAAACGUCACUUUCCAGCGCUUCAGGGUCUCUGCCCCUGCUGAUAGUCCCAACACCGACGGCCUCCACAUCGCCCGAGGCGUCGGCUAUACCAUCAUCGACUCUAUCAUCGAGACUGGCGACGACUGCAUCUCCAUGGGGGACGAGCUCUCUGACGUCCUCAUCAAGAACGUCAGGUGCGGCCCUGGCCACGGCAUCAGUAUCGGCAGUCUCGGCAAAAACAUCCAGGAGAAGGAUAUCGCCAGAAUAACCGUAGAUAAUUGCACCUUCCUCAACAGCGAUAAUGGUAUCCGGAUCAAGACAUGGCCAUCUGCCCCCGCCACCUUAACAAUCACCGAUCUCAAAUUCACCAACCUUAACAUGGUCAACGUCAGCAAUCCCAUCAUCUUCGACCAACAGUACUGCCCAUAUAAUCUCUGCUCCCUCGACAAACCAUCGCUGAUCCAGAUUAGUAAAGUGAAGAUUGACAACAUCAAGGGCACAAGCUUUACUCAAGAGGUGCUCAUCUUUUCUUGCAGCACAACUAAGCCAUGUCAGGAUGUGCAGAUUGGAAAUGUUGAUCUCAAGUACAUUGGAGAUCCUACACUAGGGGAAGCCACCACCAAGUGCCAGAAUGUCAAGUAUGUUUCCACUGGCAAGCAAAAUCCACCUCUCUGCGCCAAGACCAGCACCCCUAAACCUCUGCCCAAGUAAAUUAAUGUAACUUCAUAUAUUAUAUAGUGUGUGUCUGCAUUUUCCCACUUAAUUAUUUGUUUAUGUCGAUAUAGCUUUCCCCCGGCCCAAUCUAUGUGGUAGUAAUAAAAUCAUUAAAUUUGAACAUUUUGUGAGCGAUGAGAGAUAUAUGUAAAUAUUAAUCCAUUUGCUUGCAACAUUAAUUAAUGGUAUCUAUUGUUAGUUUCAUUUCGUAACAA